AUGACAGCAGUCUUUUGGCAUAUCGUUUCCCCCGACCAUCCCACCGCAUCACUGGUCCUCCCACCUAAGCUGUUCUACGUCCGGCACGGCCAUUCACAAGCCUACGCAACCGCCGAUGGCGGAUUCGUUUCCCGUGCACCAGAUCGCGACAUCAGCGAUGAAGAAGAGCUCAAGAAGAACGCCACGAUGCACUUUGACUGGACCAACUGGGGCUGGGAAUCCUGUUUCAUCUCGGCCUUUUCCGAUCAAGGCCACGCAGAAAAAUGGGGCCGCAGAGCCUGUUUUGGGGCUCCCGUCACGGUUUACGCAUUGGACACGCAAAGACUGCCGCCGGGGACUUUGGUGCUGAAUGCCUUUAUGCUGUGCAUUUCUCUCGGUAUCAGUAACGCGUACAAUGAAAACAGCAAGGAUGAGUUUCUCUUCUACAAGGGCAUACCGGGCAGUUGUGUGGAGAGCAGCUGGGACCCGUGGGGGUAUUGUCCCCCUCAGAUUGGGUCUCAUCCCCCAAUGCGUAGAGGCUUCUUAAGCUCCUGGGUCGACAUUGUAAAAGAAGCCGAAAUAGCACAAACCAUAUACCAAGUCCAGACCAGCAGCACUUCCUGGACCACAAACAGCAGUUUUUCGGCUAGUCCUGCCGCCGCCACCGCCGCCACUGCUGCGCGUCAAACUCUAGAUGGGCUUAUGAGGGAAGAGGGAAGAUUGCGGCAGGAACUGGAGGAAUUAGAGGAGCGCCAACAAGAGUCCAUUGUUGAACUCAACAACCUCAACAACGACGCCGACGCCGACGCUGACGCAGUCUACGACCCAAACGCGGUAGAUGUAGACGACGUGUGCGACCUAGCCGGCCAAAUGGAGAAGGUAUUGAACCUCAGCGGCAGCGGCACAAACAGGGUCGAUGUCAAAACCCAGUCCCCUGAAUCCAACACUUCCGACACCAUCGACGACGCGGACGUGAACAACCCAACCGGGGCGGACGGGCAGAUGAAGGUGUUGGACGCCGAAACCAACCUUGACGCCCAGAGCCGCACAAUACCGGAGGUGAACACCGCGGAAAACACCGUCACGACUAUGACCGAGGCCACAAUUAUGGUCGACAGUGCUCCUGCUGGUGCUGCUACUGGACCUUGA